CCUCUUUUGACAUCCUAAAAGGCCAAAAGCCAGAAACAACUCUUCCUUGACAAAACUCCACCACCAAACUUUGAUUGCUGUUCUUACCAUUCAAGUUCUCACAAUUUAACACUUUUCUCUUUAAUUUAUUAACACGUUUGAUCAUUGAUGUGUAGUUUUCCAAGGGUCCGAUAGUGCAUUAAGUUUUAUUUUGAUUCGCUGGAAAAGCCCAGACUGCUAAUAAAUUGGGUCAAAUGUGGUAGCUUGAUUUUUUUCUGCACUUAAACAAAUUGUUUUACUUGUAAGUUGAAGUAGGUCUGUUUUUUCCUAACUUUAACGUCACAUCUAUUAUUUAUUCCACCCUAUCUGUAAGCAUUUUCUUUCAAUAUAUAAAAUAGACGGCUUCUUUCUCUUCUAACAAUCAAAACAAAAACUUUUCUCUGCUCUUUCUCUUGGCUAUUAUUACCCUUUUUUGCUUCUCUUGAUAGCAAUCAGCUUGAUGGCUGCCAAGGUUUUUGUGUAUCUCUUCCUCUUCGUUGCUCUCUUUGGCCUGGUUGCAUCUGACCCUGAUCUUCUCCAGGAUCUCUGCGUAGCCGACAAAACUACAGGAAUAAAUGUGAAUGGAUUUCCUUGCAAGGAUGGGGCAAACGUUACAGAAGCUGAUUUUUUCUUUAGCGGUCUAGCAAAUCCAGCAGUCAUCAACAAUUCGGUGGGAUCGGUGGUAACAGCGGCCAAUGUUGAAAAAAUUCCAGGGCUUAACACCCUUGGAGUGUCACUUUCCCGCAUUGACUACGAACCCGGUGGCCUUAACCCACCCCACACUCACCCACGUGCCACCGAAAUCAUCUUUGUUCUUGAUGGCGAUUUGGAUGUAGGAUUCAUAACUACAGCAAACAAGUUGAUCUCCAAAUCCAUCAAAAAAGGCGACAUUUUUGUCUUCCCCAAGGGUCUGGUUCAUUUCCAGAAGAACAAUGGUGACAAAUCAGCUUCCGUGAUUUCAGCAUUCAACAGCCAAUUACCUGGAACUCAAUCUAUGGCCGUAACAUUGUUUGCUUCAACACCCGCAGUGCCAGACAAUGUCUUGACCAAGGCCUUCCAAAUUGGCACCAAGGAAGUCGAAAAAAUCAAAAACAGGCUUGCCCCAAAGAAAAGCUAAAAGAUGCCUUUGAGUUGGAGGAUGAGGUAAAAGCAUCAAAUCCUGCUUCUCCAACCUUAAUUGAGAUUACUACUCUGUAUUAAUUCUAUAUUCCUUUUUCAGACAUUGAAGAAAAGUGGGUUGAAGUUGAACCUAGCACUUUAUUAUAUGUAAUAAUAAUUGGAGUUGGUUGUAGCUCUAGCUGGAUAUUUGUAAUUAAAAAUAUCGUAUUUCUUUGGAAUUGAAUAAUGUAAUUUACCAGCAAAAGAUUGUUCAUUUGUAGCAAUGUUCCCAUGUUAUCAUUUUAAAUGUAUUUUCUGUGCAUUAUUGUCAAUUUGCCUGUUUGGUUAUGCUUUCAAUCAAAAACAAAAGAUGUUAAUG